AUGGCUUCCCUGGGCCCCAGACCCUGGCCCUUUUUGUUGAUCCCAGCCCCUACUGUGCUGUUGCUGCUGGUGCUGUUUCUGCUGCCCCUAGUGUCUGCUCAUCCCCAGGGCCUGUCCGGAUUGCAGGGGGAGCCCUCCUUGGGAGAAAGUUCAUCUGGGGAGGAUGAUCUGGGCGUGGAGGAUCUGCCCAGUGAAGAGGAUGCACCUGGAGAGGCUCCACCUGAAGUUAACGCUGAAGCUGAAAAGGAGGAUUCCCCAAAGUUAGAGGAUUUACCUACUGUUGAGUCUCCUGAGGACAGUCAUGGCUCUCACGAGGACGGAAAAGGGGGUGGCCACGGUCUUUGGAGCUAUAGAGGCACCCUACUCUGGCCCCAGGUGUCCCCAGCCUGUGCCGGCCGAUUUCAGUCCCCUAUAGAUAUCCGCCCAGAGCUCACCUCGUUCUGCCGUGCCCUGCAACCCCUGGAACUACUGGGCUACGAGCUCCAACCUCUCCCGGAACUGAGCCUGCAGAAUAAUGGCCACACGGUACAGCUGACUCUGCCACCUGGGCUGAAGAUGGCUCUGGGACCUGGGCAGGAAUACCGGGCUCUGCAGUUGCACUUACACUGGGGAACUUCAGAUCACCCGGGCUCAGAGCACACUGUGAAUGGUCACCGUUUCCCUGCUGAGAUCCACGUGGUUCACCUCAGUACGGCUUUCUCCGAGCUUCAUGAAGCCUUGGGUCGCCCUGGGGGCCUGGCAGUUUUGGCUGCCUUUCUGCAGGAGAGCCCAGAAGAGAACGGUGCCUAUGAACAGCUGCUGUCGCACUUGGGAGAAAUUGCAGAGGAAGGCACACAGAUCAAGAUCCCAGGUCUGGAUGUCUCCGCAUUGCUGCCCUCGGACCUCAGCCGCUACUACCGAUAUGAAGGGUCUCUAACCACACCUCCCUGCAGCCAGGGGGUCAUCUGGACUGUGUUCAACCAGACAGUGAAGCUGAGCACGAAGCAGCUCCAUACUCUCUCUGUUUCCCUGUGGGGACCUCAUGAUUCUCAGCUACAACGGAAUUUCCGAGCCACACAACUUUUGAAUGGGCGAAUGAUUGAGGCUUCUUUCCCUGCCGAAGUGGACAGCAGCCCUGAGCCAGUCCACACGAAUUCCUGCCUUGCUGCUGGUGACAUCCUAGCCUUGGUGUUUGGCAUUCUCUUUGCUGUCACCAUCGUGGCCUUCCUCAUCCAGCUGAGGCAGAACAGGAACAGAAGUGAGACCAAAGAUGGAGCUAGCUACAGCCCAGCAGAAAUGGCAGAGACUGGAGCCUAAUAAGGAGAAGCCAGCUAGAGGAUUCUGGAAACCUUGUCCUGUCCAUUAUACAACUCCUUUUAACCACUAAGGAACCUUUCUCAUCUUUUUAACUUUUCUUCUUUUCCGUAAAGUACUGUAAUGGGAUCUUAUAGUGAAAAGCCAAGUCUGGACUC